AACCCCGAAGAAGACCCAGGUUCUCUCCGUGCAGCUGCUCCUGCUCGUGGUUCAGGUGCUGGUCCUGGUCCUGAUUCUGGUUCAGGUUCUGACCUAGGCCCUGAACAUGUCCGCGGAGCUCCGGGCCGAGCUGGAAAAGUUCCUGCAGACUCUGAACAUCGAGACGAGCUGCGUGGAGCAUCCGCCGGUGUUCACGGUGGAGGAGAUGAUGCCUCACCUGCAGGAGGUGCAAGAUGUGGUCACCAAGAAUCUGUUUCUGAAAGACAAGAAGAAGAAGAAUCUAUGGCUGCUGUCAGCUCGUCAUGACCGCCAGGUGAACCUCAACGAUCUUGCUAAGAAACUGGGCGUCGGCAGCGGAAACCUGCGAUUUGCCGACGAGACCAUCAUGUUGGAGAAGCUCAAGGUGGGUCAGGGUUGUGCGACCGCCCUGGCUCUGCUCUUCGAUCAGGACCACAGCGUGACUCUGGUUCUGGAUCAGGACCUGCUGGAGGGGGGGCACCACAUGGUCUUCUUUCACCCGAUGACCAACAGCGCCACCAUGGGGCUGAAACCCCCAGACCUGCUGCGCUUCCUGCAGGAGACCGGACACCCGCCCACCCUGCACCACUUUGACUAGGACCUGGACCUGGUCUCAGACCCGACCUUCAUCUUGGACUCUGUUCAACCUGGACUUGGACUCGCGGUUCGAGCCCCGCUAUGGAGCUCCUGCUCCAAACACAUUUUAAUUAUUUUAAUAUUUAAAGAAGAAAAAUUACAUUUAUUUUGUCAGGUCUGUUUCGGGGAUUCCAAAGUAAAAUAUUUUUCAGAGUGGUGGGGGGUGCUUUUAAUUUGAAAUAUCUGCCUUGUGGUACAAAGUGAACUUUAUAUUUCAGUUAUAGUGAAAAUCAGGGGGAAAUCCGACAUUCAACAACGGUCUGUAUAUCUGAACUUUCAAAUUAAAAGCAUGGAGCUGCA